AUUCGCCAAGGCUAGCUCUCAGACAUUCAGAGACAAGGCUCAAAUAAUUACCCCUCCUCGAUCUGCCGACAAACCACAAUGCAUCCAGUUUUACUAUUACAUGUAUGGUGAAGGAAGUGGCAAACUCAGCGUCUACGUUCGAAACAAUGAUACAACUGACCUCGGAGACCCUGUUUAUACCAGGAAUGGGCAGCAAGGAAAGGGCUGGUAUCGUGGUUUGGUCGAUAUAAACGGAAAUCGGGGAAAAUUUAAAGAGUUGAUAUUUGAAGCAGAAGUUGGAAUGGGACAGCUGACCGAUAUCGCAAUAGAUGACGUAGGAGUAUUCGAUGACGAAAAUGCGUGUCCACUUGAUAGCCUAUCUUGUGACUUUGAUCAAAGUUGGUGUGAUAUUAAACAGGAUGUGUUAGAUGACUUUAACUUCAUUCGCCAACGAGGCAGCACAGGUUCAUUUGGAACUGGCCCUGAAACUGAUCAUUCUGGAAGUGGCUAUUAUAUCUACAUAGAAUCAUCAAAUUCGAAAGAGGAUGAAAAGGCCCGUAUCAUACUCCCUACAUUCCGAGGGGUCCAGCCGAACGACAAGGAGACUUUUUGCGUCAUCUUCUGGUAUCAUAUGUAUGGAGGUACAGUAGGGGAACUCAACGUGUACCUCCACAACUCUAGCUCCACCGAUCUUGGGAGCCCGAUCUGGUGGAUGGGCGGUAACAGAGGAAACAAGUGGAGGGCUGCAGAAGCUGAAAUCAACACUCCGGAAGAAUUCCAGCUUUACUUUGAGGCUAUUCGUGGAAAAAAUUAUGAUAGCGAUAUUGCACUUGAUGAUAUUCAGAUAAACAGCUUUGGAUGCCCGGGACACCACAUAAUCAACAAUGCAUCAACUGUGACAUGUGACUUCGAGGAGGCAGAACUGUGUUACUAUAGACAGGACGAUAAAGACGACUUCGAUUGGAGCUGGAGAAACAGAGGGACUAAUGAUGGGUUUACGGGCCCUGAAGUGGACCACACUACAGGAAAUGAAUUAGGAUUCUUCGUCUUCGUGAGUAGCACCUACCGUCUGAAACCCAACUACAAGGCCCGGCUCAUCUCUCCACCAAUUGAAGCAAAUUCAGAGCCAUCUUGCGUAGUCUUUUGGUACCACAUGUAUGGGGAUGACGUUGAAACGCUUAGUGUCUACGUCAGGAAGAUCAACGGGGGAUUGGGGACGCCACAGUGGACCUUGAAUGGAAAUCAACGGAACUAUUGGCAUCGGCAAACUAUAGAUAUCGCUGCAAGCAAAGAUGAUUAUGAGCUCGUCUUUGAAGCAUCACCGGGAGCAGCAAACAGAGACGACAUAGCUCUCGACGAUGUCACCCUGUAUCAUGGACAAGAUUGUCCCUCGUUCACAACCUUACUGCCACCGACGACCGAUCCACCACCUGUGGUGGACAGCAUCGAUUGCGAUUUUGAAGAAGGAUGGUGUGGCUAUACGCAGAUGACAGAGGGGGACAAUAUGGACUGGUUUAGGUACCAAGGCUCGGGUUACGGAUCUCUCACUAGAGGACCAUCAAACGACCACACUCUAGGAAACGCUCUUGGAUACUACGCUUGUUUUGAUCCUUAUCGCUACAACGGUGCUGGUCUUAACGACAACGCAAUCUUGAUAUCCCCGCUGAUGAGAGGAUCACGUCGUCCACGCUGCCUUACCUUCUAUGCCAACAUGAAUGGAUAUCAAGUCGACUACCUCAUUGUAAUUACCCGCCAAUUGGGGGAAAGUCUCCCCCUCGAUCCUCCCUUCUCGGAGUACGGAAACCACGGUGAAGGAUGGUUCCCACUCUCAAUGGAUAUUCCUGGACUCAAUCAGAAUUUUCAGGCUUUAUUCUUAGGAUUGUGCGGAAAUUCAAGAUAUUAUGCUGAAAUUGCUAUUGACGAUAUAAAGCUCGUGGAAGGAGUGUGUGAUACGUCAGGUACUACUCCCGAGCCCAUCCCGUGGAAUGCCGACUGUGAUUUUGAGGAGGAAGAGAUGUGUGGCUACACUAUAGAGACUUACGGAUAUUUUCAUUGGACCAGAAACAGAGCAGGAACAGGCUCUGAGGAUACAGGGCCAGCAGUUGAUCAUACACUUGGAACAGAAGCAGGUCAUUACGCUUAUAUCGAGACUUCCUUGCCUGCACGUCCUGGUGACCGGGCGACCCUCACAAGUUCUGUGCUCAGCAGCGGCAGCAACGACAUAUGCGUUCGUUUUUACUACCACGCUUAUGGUGAGGACAUUGGAUUCCUCACGGUGAAAUACGUCAGUAUAGACUACUAUAACAACGAGGUGUUAUUCAGCGUGGCUCAGGAUCAGGGGAAUGAGUGGAGGCCAGCCAAUGUAGACUUACCAGCCACCCUCACCGGCAUGUCCAAAUUCCAGAUCGCAUUUGAAGGAAGAAAAGGUUCAAGUUACAAGGGAGACAUCGCGAUUGAUGAUAUCAAGUUCUUGGCACAGCCAUGCGCUGGUUUCCCGACAGAAUCUAGAUGUACAUUCGAGCAGGGAUCAUCAUUCUGCGGUUAUCAAAUCAAUAAGAUGUCAAAUGGCAUACCUUGGAAAUGGUUUGAUGCUCUGGCUUCUGAUCCCACCCCACUAAAUAUGAUCACGAGUUCAUUCAUGUAUGUGGAGGGUUCUACGUUGAAUAUGGGCAGACAGGCCGUACUCUACUCACAAGUGCACAAUCUUCAAGGAAUGGACCACUGCCUGACCGCUGAUUUCAUCCUCACUGAGGACCCGAGUCAACAAAUCACGAUUGAGGUGAUGGAGAAAGAUACAGUCAGAAAGUACCAGAUAGAUACUCUCAUCGGGGAUAUGGGUAAUAGCUGGUUCCGUGGAAACUGGUCUAUCCCAUCGACGAUGGUUUCAGUUCGUCCUUUCAAGAUUGCUUUUACGGCUCGUCCUGGCUCAGCAGGGGUGAUGGCUAUUGACAAUGUCAUUGUUACAUCACAGCUCGAAGCCUGUGCAAAAUACAUACCACCACCUACCAAACCUGCAACCACCACACCCUCUCCGACCACUACGUCACAGUCAUCCACAAAACCGAUGACUAAACCAAUGAAAACUAAUCCUACACAAAAGCCAGCAGGUAACAGCAAGCUAGGAAUCAUCAUCGGGGUCACCAUCGCCGUCGUAGUCGUCAUCGGAAUCGUUGUCAUCGUCGCGGUUUGCAAGUUCAGCUCCGGAUCGUCCAUGCCAUUCGGGGUCAGCUACAAGAACGAAAGAUUAGAUGAGAUACCUUUCUCUGGAGUGACACCAAGAGGGGCGAUAAAUGCCCCUACUGAUCCCACUGUGGUAUUCACCGACCCCGUAGAAGCGAAUGGAUCAAGUAAAGCUUAAUUGGAAAUAAAACCAUGCCAUGGGCCCUCUUGAAAAAAACACAAACGGGAAAGUUUUAAGAUAAAUCAGACAUAAUUGGGUAAUGGGUACAUGAAAACACCAAAAUUGAUGGAAAUAUCAAUGCUAUUUCCAAAAGCGCCUUGUAGGAGUGAGUCAGAUAAGAAUUUAAUGAUUACCAAUGCAUGGGUACAUGUCUGUAUCUAUCAAUUACACAUUGUUAUUGAUACAUGAAAAGGUGAAACUAUUCAGGCUUGCAAAUAUUGAUUUAUUACUUUGCAGGUAUGCCUCAUAUUGGAGCAUGAUGACAAGAGUCCCUCGUCGUAUCAAUUAUUGUAUGUUACUGUAUUUUAGCAUGAGGUUUCCUGCUCAAUAAUAAGAUAAGAAACUAUGCUGAGAAUCAUUACAGUCUAUACGGUUUUAUUUUAAUAUCAAUUCUUAACGUUUGAAUGGUUUGAUAUCAAAAGAAAGUUCUUGAAUCUUACAAUUUCAUAAAGUUUGAAUUGAUGUAAAAAAAAAUGAAGACUUUAUAUUCUAUAUUAACUAUCCAGUUACAUGUAAUUUGGUUAACAGUGACAUGUUCUCGGCAGAGAAAUACAGGUAUCAGUACAAUCAUCAUACUCACGAAUUCUAGGCUCUAUACCCAUGUGGUAUAAGUGUAUGGUCCACUUAGCUCAAAUUAUAAUACUGAACUAUUCUAUUUAAAUGCGUCGUUUAUUUUGUUUUAUCGUUUCUUCCUGACAACAGAACCAGGCAUUUGUUUUAGUGUCUUUUUUAUGAAAUUUAAUAGCAUGUUCCACACGAAAAAUGGUGUGAAAAUGACAGAUUGGCUUUCAUCGCUUGUCAGCGAUCUUUUUUAUUACAGAAUGUGUAAUACAUAUAUCCUCGUUUGCUAAGUUCAUGUAUCAUUAAAACGGUUUCAACGUUAAAUGCGGAUGUAAGAUUAUACUUAACCAUGUUGAAAGAUUAAAAUUUGUCAAGCAUCAAAACGUAUCCACCAAUGUUUAAGGUUGCAUGUAUUUUUCAAUAUGGAAAUCUUAUGACAAUAUAGGCAAAUAAUUUAUUAUCAUUUUGUUUAAAUUUUCCGUUUUGUGGGAUGUGCGGUCUUUUUCUGUUUUUUUUUUUAUAUUUUCAAGUUUUAUCGGAUCGUAUACCUAUUCCCUAUACAUGCAGUCCUUUUAAAAAUAAGAAAAAUACAAUCAUCCGUAGUAAUUCACAUUCCAACCGUAAAUGGGUUCUCCGAGCUGAAAACUAUUGUAUCUAAAUUGAAGUAGUAAGAAUUAAAUUCAGUUAAUUCAAUUACAAACAAUA